AUGCCCGCCACCUCAGAAAUCCACUUGGAGCACCCGCAGGAGGACCGUAAAGAGAAGAAGAGCUCAGAGACACCGGGCAGUUUUGGAGUGUUCAGUGAUGAAAGAGGCUACCUGGACCUCAUCCGGUACAUUCUGCAGAACGGCCGCACAAAGGGCGACAGGACCGGCACCGGGGUCAUCUCCAUGUUCGGGGCACAGGCCAGAUACAGCCUCCGAGAUCAAUUUCCACUUUUAACUACAAAGAAAGUGUUUUGGAAAGGCAUACUUGAGGAGCUGCUUUGGUUUAUUAAGGGAUCAACCAACGCCAAAGAGCUCUCGGCAAAAGGAGUGAAGAUUUGGGACGCCAACGGCUCUCGCGGUUUCCUUGACAAGAGUGGGUUCACGGACCGAGAAGAGGGAGAUCUUGGGCCUGUUUAUGGCUUUCAGUGGAGACACUUUGGGGCCGAGUACACAAACAUGCAUGCAGAUUACACAGGACAAGGCGUGGAUCAACUACAGAAGGUAAUUGACACCAUUAAAACAAAUCCAGAAGACAGACGGAUAAUUAUGUGCGCCUGGAACCCUAAAGAUUUGCCGCACAUGGCUCUCCCUCCAUGCCACGCUCUUUGUCAGUUCUAUGUGUGCGAUGGGGAGCUCUCCUGUCAGCUCUACCAGCGCUCUGGUGACAUGGGCCUGGGAGUACCUUUCAACAUAGCCAGCUACGCUCUUCUGACUUACAUGAUCGCCCACAUCACAGGACUCAAACCUGGAGACUUUGUUCACACUUUGGGAGAUGCUCACGUCUACAUCAAUCACAUAGAGCCUCUUAAAAUACAGCUUGAGAGGGAAAUCCGGCCCUUCCCUAAACUCAAGAUCCUUCGAAAAGUAGAGAGUAUAGAUGACUUUCGCGCUGAAGACUUUGAGAUCCAUGACUACAACCCUCAUCCCAUCAUUAAAAUGCAGAUGGCUGUUUAA